AUCCUCCUGCAAGUUUGUUUUGUUUUGAAAUCGUUUCGUCGUCUUAUGGUCGAUGCUCGUUUUUGCGAUUUUACGCGUAUUUCAAUUUUGAGCAGGAAAAAAAGCCACAUUUCAAUCCGAUUCCGCCAUGGAAAAGCCCCAGAAAAUGCCCAAGGUGGCCAAGGUCAAAAACAAAGCCCCGGCGGAGGUGCAAAUCACCGCCGAACAGCUGCUGCGCGAAGCCAAGGAACGAGACCUGGAAAUCCUUCCGCCGCCGCCGAAGCAGAAAAUCUCCGAUGCCGCCGAGUUGGCCGAUUACCAGCAACGGAAGCGCAAAACGUUUGAAGAUAACCUGCGCAAGAACAGAAUGGUGGUGAGCAACUGGAUCAAAUACGCCCAAUGGGAGGAAUCGCAGAAGGAGAUCCAGAGGGCGAGGUCGAUUUGGGAGCGGGCGAUCGACAAUGAGCACCGGAACAUUACGAUAUGGCUGAAGUACGCGGAGAUGGAGAUGAAAAACCGGCAGGUGAACCACGCGAGGAAUUUGUGGGACCGAGCCGUGACGGUUAUGCCCCGGACGAAUCAGUUCUGGUACAAGUACACCUACAUGGAGGAGAUGCUGGAGAAUGUGGCCGGGGCGCGGCAGGUUUUCGAACGGUGGAUGGAGUGGCAACCGGAGGAACAAGCCUGGCAAACGUACAUCAAUUUCGAGCUGCGGUAUAAGGAAAUCGACAGGGCUAGGCAGAUUUACGAGCGUUUUGUGAUGGUCCAUCCGGAAAUCAAGAACUGGAUCAAGUAUGCUCGAUUCGAGGAGGCCCACGGAUUCAUCAACGGAGCUCGAUCUGUUUACGAACGGGCCAUCGAGUUCUUUGGGGAUGACAACGCAGAUGAACGGCUGUUCAUCGCAUUUGCAAAGUUCGAGGAAGGUCAGAAAGAACACGAUCGAGUCCGGGUGAUCUACAAGUACGCAUUGGACCAUCUGCCGAAGGAACGGACGGCAGAUCUUUACAAGGCGUACACGAUUCACGAGAAGAAGUACGGCGAUAGAUCGGGGAUAGAAGACGUCAUCGUUUCCAAACGAAAGUUUCAAUACGAACAGGAAGUAGCCGAGAAUCCCACAAACUACGACGCCUGGUUCGAUUAUCUCAGACUUGUUGAAAACGAGACGAACCAGGAAGUGAUCCGGGAAACUUACGAACGGGCCAUUGCUAACGUCCCCCCAGCGAAGGAUAAAAACCUCUGGCGGCGAUACAUCUACCUGUGGAUCAAUUACGCCUUGUACGAAGAACUGGAAACGGAAGAUCUCGAAAGGACUCGCCAGAUCUACAAAACCUGCCUGGAACUCAUCCCUCAUAAAGUGUUCACAUUCAGCAAAAUUUGGUUACUCUACGCUCAGUUCGAGAUCCGCUGUAAGAAUCUACAAGUAGCCAGGAAAACGCUCGGAAUGGCAAUCGGUAUGUGUCCUCGGGAUAAACUGUUCCGCGGAUACAUCGAUCUAGAAAUCCAACUCCGAGAGUUCGAUCGCUGUCGAAUUCUGUACGAAAAAUUCCUGGAAUUCGGUCCGGAAAAUUGCAUCACCUGGAUGAAGUUCGCCGAGCUGGAAUCCCUACUGGGCGACAUGGACCGUGCUCGGGCGAUUUACGAGCUAGCCAUUCAGCAACCGCGUUUGGACAUGCCGGAACUGCUUUGGAAGAGUUACAUCGACUUUGAGGUGCAGCAGGGAGAGUUCGACCUGGCCAGACAACUGUACGAGCGUCUUCUGGAGCGAACGACCCACGUGAAAGUUUGGAUCUCGUUUGCCAAGUUUGAAAUGGCGGCGGAGAACGAAGACAACGUCAAUGUGCAACUUUCGCGGCGGGUUUACGAGCGAGCCAACGACAGUUUGAAGAACGCAGUCGAAAAGGAAACCCGUGUGUUGAUCCUGGAAGCGUGGCGUGACUUUGAAAAAGAACACGGCGACGAGGAAAGUUUGAGGAAGGUGAUGGCCAAGAUGCCACGAAAGGUCAAGAAGCGACAGAAGAUCAUCUCCGAGAGCGGUGUGGAAGAGGGCUGGGAAGAGGUGUUCGAUUUCAUCUUCCCAGAGGAUGAAAUGGCGAGACCGAACUUGAAACUGCUCGCUGCUGCCAAGAGCUGGAAGAAACAGAAAGACGUACCCGUUGCGCCUGCUGCUGGGGCGAAUGAGAGUGAGAGCGCCGAUGCUGCGGAAGAAGAACCCUCAGAAGAUUAGUCGUUGCAUGUAGAUAUUAGAAUAAUAAAAUCAUAAGUAUUUGAUAAUUCCAUGUUUUGGGUGUCCUACGUUAGGCA